UAGAGAUCACCUUUGAUAUUGGUCCUGCGAGUAAUACGGAGGGCCUCGCACGCGACCUGGACAAUCCCUACGCUCGUUCAAUGGUCAUCAUAACUGGUACUUUGACCACGUCUUACAAGCAACCCGUUACUCUGGUACACAGCUCAAUCUGGACAACAGUGUUCAAUUUCGAGGCUACUACAGUCGGAAACAUAAAGAAGGUAACAAACAUCUUCAAAGGGUCAUGGUAAGGAUACUAAGACUAAAAGGGGGCGCGGAAUAGGUGAAGGUUUUACCGGUUACAAUGCUGUGGCGCAAUGGAGUAUUACUGUCAUUGGCGCUUCCUGUCAAAACUUGCGCUAGCACCGUAGAUGAAACCGAGUCGAAGAGAAGACUGAAUGUCACAGCGGAAGCGGUAUCCACUAUAUUAGCGACCUAUCAAACAAAAAUCAUUCGAAGGAUGCGUACUUUGAUAAUGAGCUCGUUGGGUACUGUCGAUGUCUGUCGGAUUACGCUCCAAAACAACGUGCCAUCAGGGUCCGGUAAGGUGCUUGGUAUGUAUUCGUCCCCGCGGUUUUUGCUAAAGAGCUAUCAAAACGACGAGGAAGAAGACUUGCGAUUUCUUAUGAGUGAUGAUUUCGAGAGGGAGCUAAACGAGGAGGACGAGUAUGAAGUACAGGAAAGCCCAGAGGAUGAAGAGGAAGAGGAGGAUGGGGAGGAAGCGGAAGAGGAAGAUGACGAGGGUGGGGACGACGAUCAGGAUGAAGACAUAGACUACAACGGCGAUGGCUAUGGCGACUAUUGAUGUUCUCACGUUGAUA